AUGGAUCAGAUCACCGACUUCGAGUGCCCGAUUUGCUUCGACGAAUUUAAUCAUGUCAACAAGAAACCGAAAACGGUGAACCCAUGUGCGCACACGAUUUGUGAGGAAUGCGUCCCGAAUGUAAACUACUGCCCAAAAUGUCGUGCUCAUGUGACCGGAUCAACCAUCGCUUAUUCGUUGUUAGGCGCUAUUGAGCAAUUUUCCCGGGAGCGCUUGGAGUUGAUCGAGUUGAGAGUCAAGGCUGAGACACAGAGAACCCAAAACGAGGAGAACACGAAACGCCUUGAGGAGUUGCAGCUGCAGUUGGCUAAACAGCACUCACUUCGCGAGAAUCAGGAGCAGAAACGGAUUGUCGAAUUGGAGGCUCAAAUUGCUCAAAUGCUCAAUCAACGACAAUUCGAGAACACAAAAGAGAAAAUCGAGGAGCUCCAGACGCAGAUCGCGCUAUUGAAGUCAAAAGAAGAAAGUCAUAGCAAGCAAUUCUUGAAAUUCGGGGUUGCAAUUAGAGACACAGUGUUUGUUCGCGGAUUGCCAAAAACCGUCUCAAAGAAUGAUAUUUUCAAAUGGAUUUUCAAAAGCAAUGGAAAUAUUAUUGGUGGAUGUGAUGGAAUUGGAUUGAAAAUGGCUGGUGAGAAGCAGAAUUGUAUCGUCACCUAUAACAAUACGAAUGACGUCGCAAAGGUGAUCGAGGAAUGGAACGAACAAGCCUAUCCAGGAACGGAGAACGUGCUCCAAGUAGACUAUUUGAGAGAUAAGAUGAAGAGGAACAAUGCUUUGCCAAAGGUUGACAAGACAAAGAUCUUCAUUUGUGGUCUUCCGCAAUCAAUCGGUGUGAAUGAGUUGAAGAAGUGGAUCUUCAGAAACAAUGAGAAACUCAUCGAGAGGAGCAUUAAACUUUUGACUUCUGGAAACGAUCAAAUCUGCAAUGCUCAAUUUACAGAUGAAAUUGAAACAAAGAAGCUCAUCGAUGAUUGGAAUGAAAAAGAGUACCCAGGUACUUCUAAAGUGCUCAGAGUUGAAUACUACAUACCAAGAGAUCAACCAAAACCCAGGCAACAAGCUGCAGAAUUAUCGAACAAGCAGAAUGGUCGAUUCAAAGGAGCAAAACACAACCAUAACAACCGUGAAGAAAAUAAGGCAGCAAAAGCAAAUCUAAAGAAAGGCAUUUCAAAAGAGAACCCAACGAAGAACGACUCAAAAGAAAACGAAAAGAAAGCCGACUCCAAAGUUGGAUCAAAGAGAAAUAAUUCAAAGCCGGACAAAUCCAGACGGCAAGGCAGCUCAAAGAAAGGAGAUUCGAACAACGAUCCAACUCAAUGCGAAGUCAAGCUUAAAGAAACUACCUCAAUCAUCGUCAAGAACCUCCCUUACACUGUCACCAAAGUCGACAUCAUCUCACUUUUUCACAGAAAAUCCAUUGACGGGAAGCUGAUUAUGAUCGAAUCGAAUGAAAAUGGGCAAAAGGAUUUCAUUUGCUUUUUUAAAGUCGACCCCUCAACAGCAAUGAGGCACAAUGGUUGUUGCAAGAUCACUUUCACCACUGCAGAUGCAGCAAAUUUGGCAAUCAAGGAGUUCAACGGCAAGAAAUUCCCCGCCACCUAUCGGCAAAUGUUCUGCGAACUUUGGUGGAAACACGCUUCACUUCCAAAAACGAUUUCCCCAACACCCAGCCCAUCCGCUUCAUCAUUAUCCAUUUCAUCGACUUCUACUGCAAUACCCAAUGAGAAGUACGGAGUCAAAGUGUUGGUCGAGGGCCUCCCAGCCACCGUAACACUUACAGAUCUGAUCAGCGUCUUCCAUCCAGUCUCCAAGAUUCUUCACGAUGAGAAUGGAGUUCCAAAAGUUGAGAUGUUGCAAGCCGGUGUCGCUGCCUUCAGGGGAAAAGCAGCAAAACUUGAGUUCGAGAAUCUCGAGGAAGCAAAAAAGAUCGUCAACAAGUUCGACUGUACCUAUUACCCGCAGUCGACCUCUUUCAUCUACGUCGGGAUCUUUUUAAAAAUUGUCUGUUUAAUGGUUUCUGGUCUACCGGUGUUCGGCUCGAGAACAAUUCGAACGGGAAUGAGAACGGUGAAAAGGCCAAAUAAGCAAUGGUUCAACCGUCUCUUCAUCAUCUUAAUCGGCUGUUGUCUUCUUGGAUACUUACUGGUGUAUUGGUACUUGACUGAGGGAGUGAUUGUGGAUAGUUAUGUGGAAAAGAUCGCGCCACAAGAAUCGGUGGAUCAAUUGGUCGGUCAUCAUCAAGUAACAAUUGAAGAAGUCUGUUCUCCGUCAACGAAACGAUGUUAUUCUGUCAUUGACCGACUAGUCGAGAAACGAGGCACCGAAACCUUUGUCGAGCGGUGUCUCUUCGUCGUGGGCUUUGACGAUGAGAGUGACUCUUCCGUGCGUCUCAUUCCACCAGCAGGUGAAAAAUUCGAGAGCUCGGACACUCGUUUAUGGACAAUUGAUCACCGGAGGAUCACCGCUGAGUAUGUUGCCGCGAUGGCGAUAUCUCCUUUCGUCUUUGGCGCAUUUGAUCUCACAAACAAGAACGAGAAGAAGUCCUUGUUGGAGAUAGGUUUGGGUGGAGGGCUGUUCGAUUCAUUCAUUCGUCUCCAUCGUCCAAAUAUCAACAUCACUUCGAUUGAAUUGGAUGGACAAGUGGUGACAUUAGCGGAAAAAUGGUUUGGUUUAAAAACAGACAACUUGAUGAAAGUUGUCACUGAUGAUGGAGUGCGAUUUGUUGAGAAAGCGGCGAUGAAAGGUUUGAAUUGGGACAUGAUCUUGUUGGAUGCGUGUGAUACGAGCUCAGAUAUGCCUUGUCCUGCGGCCGACUUUCUCAAUGACGUUUUCAUCGCUAACCUGGCAAAGAUUGUCAAUUCACAUGGAAUUGUUCUCGUCAACAUUUUGGAUCUGCAUUCAAAUGAGCAGAACAUUGGAAGAGUGGCUCGUCAAUUCGCCAGCCAUUUUCCAACCUGUGCGGCUCUUCACGUGAGUGCUGAGUUCAACGUGGUACUUGUUUGUUUGCCGUACGAGAUCGGUGAUGCGGAGGAGCAGUUGCAAUUCUUCGAGCAUCGGAUUCCACACGUUUUGAAAGAAAUGGAUCUACAAGAUGUGAUCAAAAGUGUAGUGAUCAGCGCCCCGUAUAAGAGGAAGAUU